GUUCGAAACGAUAAAGCGGAGCACUAUCUCGAGCAACACUUGGAGGAAAUCAAAGAUGAUCCAUAUGCAUUAGCGAUUGUCACCUAUGCGCUUCAUCUUGCAAACAGUACCAAAAAAAAUGAGGCGUUAAAGAUGCUCGAAACACAUCGAAAGGAAGAUGAUGAAGGUGGCGUUCACUGGUCCGCAAAGGUUGGCACAGAAAAGCCGAAAGAUGCACAACAGUACUUUUAUCAGCCAAGGCCGGUGGAUGUGGAAAUGACAUCUUACGUUUUGCUCACCUAUAUGCUUAACGGUGACACGGUAAAAGGCCUAUCAGUGGUGCGCUGGCUCACGUCGCAACGAAAUGCACUUGGCGGAUUUAGCAGCACACAGGAUACCGUAAUGGCAUUGCAAGCUCUAGGGGCGUACGCUGAGAAAGUUUAUUUACCGAUGUUCAACAUCAGUGCUACGGUAACGAAUGGCGCCGACAAGCAUCACUGCAAUGUCUCAGCAGAAAAUGCUAUUGUGCUCCAAUCCUACCAGUUAACAAAUUUGGAUGACGAAGUGGAAUUGGAAGCCCGUGGCAGUGGCGUUGCAUUUGCGCAGUUACAGUACUCUUAUUACCGUACCGCUUUGAAGGACGAUCUUCCCUUCUACUGUACAAAGGAAAUCCGUGAACUGCAUAGCGGCAAUCGACUGCAGCUUGAUUUAUGUUGCAAGUAUGCUGUUUUUUCUAUCUUUUACUGUACAUCCUGCCCAGAUGUGUUUGCUGCCAUAACGAUGCUCCAGAAUCGUCUAAGACGUCCCGAAUUAGUUGACUGUAAAUGA